AAAAGGAUCACUCUCUGGGUCUGAUUAUGGAGGCUGCAGCGUCUCCUCCGCCGCUACUCUGCCCUGUGGCUUCGGAGAAGAAUGCCCACAUCCUGAUUGGGGUAACUGGGAGUGUGGCUGCGCUAAAGUUGCCUCUUUUGGUGGCAGAGCUUCUGAAGAUACCUGGACUGGAGGUUCUAGUGGUGACAACAGAAAGUGCAAAACACUUCUAUAAACCCGAAGAGAUUCCUGUCAGAAUCUACAGUGACUCUGAUGAGUGGCAGCUGUGGAAAAAGCGCACCGACCCUGUGCUACAUAUUGACUUGAGGCGUUGGGCUGACCUCAUGCUGGUGGCUCCUCUGGAUGCAAACACCCUCGCCAAAAUUGCAAAUGGCAUUUGUGACAACUUACUGUCGUGCGUCAUCCGCGCCUGGGACGUGAGCAAACCCUUGCUCUUCUGCCCUGCCAUGAACACCCUUAUGUGGGAGCACCCCAUCACAGCUCUGCAAGUGGGGCAGCUGAAAGAAUUUGGCUACAUAGAGAUCCCUUGCAUAGUGAAGAAACUGGUUUGUGGAGAUGAAGGCCGAGGGGCCAUGGCCGACAUUUCAAGCAUUGUGGAAAAAACAGAGGCGGUGCUGUUGGAACGGGGCCUCCUGAAGCCGAGCUGAUGCCCAAAUUACAGAAUUCUCAACCCGAAAGAGGAAAUUUUCUGAGAUCUGGCUUCUAACUUGUAACAUAGAUAAGUGCGUUGCCGGUGACACGUCCUCGGCCUUUUUAUAUUGCCCUCUGGGAAUGCGUUCCCACCCAUUCAGUCCCUUUAUUGACAAUUAAAGCAGUAAAACCAUUCAACAUUUACGGUUGGAACGGAAAUGGCUAAUAAGAUGGAAACUGCUGAUAAGGUGG